AUGGCACAGAAUGGGAAGUUGCCACACCAGCUUCCUGCAGGCACGCUCCCUCAGCCGCAACCUCCAAACCACGGCUGGCCAAAGUCCACGACCAGAGUGGAUAACGCAUCUCAAAUAACAUAAUUUGUUCUUUCAGGAUUGAAUGUAAUGAAGUACCAACAAGUUGCACUCUUCUCUCUAACUUUAAUAUCUUAUUGUUUUGGUGCUAGUUUCUACCCAAAGAUUCUGUGGGAUCUGCUGACUGCUGUUCAUGUAAUCUCUUAUUCUGGAUGCCUUGUUCAGGCUUUGGUGAUGUACUCAUUUGUCUGCAGUGAUUUGUCCAUUCUUGCAGUUAUGUCCUAUGACAGAUAUGUGGCUAUAUGUCGACCCCUGGUGUGCCACUCUGUCAUGUCAAAGAAGAGACUUUUAAUGUUCGUAUCUUUCUCCUGGUUCACACCUUUUAGCAUUUCUGCCGUGAAUAUGAUUCUCACAUCUAGAUUAAAGUUAUGCAGCUCAUACAUUGCCAGACUUUAUUGUAUAAAUUGGAUAAUUGUGCCACAUUUAACCUCCUUGCUCAUUUUUACUGCCACUAUACUAUUUGAUAUCUUAAAUGUGCGUUUUGGUUCAAAUCUCUUUCCAACCACUCAAAAUGUUAUUAUAGCUCCAACCAUGAAUCCUCUCGUUUAUGGCUUUAAAUUAACCAAAAUUAGGAACAGAAUCUUGGCUGGUUUUAAUUUAAAAAAUGUAAUGCAUCAUUGUAUUUGA